AGCUUUUCUUGGUGAAGAAAUAAUUAUGAAUAGAUUUAUAACAUCAAGCUUGCAAGUUGCAUCACGAGCACAAAAAACAAGAGAGUUUAUCCUUAGGGACAUAAACAAACAAUUCAUACGAAAUAACUCUACUAAUGUAAUAAAAAAUCUCGUCGUGCAUAACCAUCCAACCUCUCCCAUUUCCUCUUAUAAUCUUCGCCUCAAUGUACAACUUCGAAAUCGAAGAAAUCCAGCAAAGACUCUUAAAAACGUGCUAGAGAUUGUUGAUGAAAUCAAACAACUCAAGAUUAAAUUUGAUCAUAAUACGUACAAUGCCUUGAUGGCGGCCUUGAGUAUGAAUAAAGAAUUUCAAAGAGCUGAAAGAGAAUUUAAAAAGAUGCUAGACGAUGGACUUGAACCUAAUAUUGACAGUUAUAAUAUUUUCUUGGAGGCUUAUGCCAAAACAGGAAGAUUAAAGAAACUCUUGGAACUAAAAGAAGAAAUUAUAGAACAUAAUAUUCAAUUAACAUAUAAUUCCUAUCACUAUAUUUUAAAAGGGCUAUGUAACGCAAAUGAAAUUGAAGCAGCUUUAGAUCUCUUUGAUCAAAUGAAAGAGAAAAAGAUGGAACCUAAUUUGGCCAUCUAUGCAACACUGAUUCAAGGCUGUGCACAAGUCCUGGAUAGUAAAGCUACAUUCGAUUUACUCACGGAGGCAGAGAAACUUGAUUUGGCUGUUGAAAGCCAACCCAAGAUUUACAUAAACGUGCUUCGUCUGGCAACACAAUGUGAUGAUGAAAAACUAGUUAAUUACUGUUGGAAUAAAGUGAUUCAGCAUUUCAUACGAUUAGAUGAGGGAAGCCUCUUGGAGGUUCUUCGAGUGGCUUCUAAGAAGGGGGAUACACAACUUGCUACAGAUGUUAUUCGACAAUUAAGUACGAAUGGUUAUACUUAUAAGGAACAUUAUUUUACACCUCUGAUGGAGGCCUUCAUAGUCAAGAAAGAUCUUAAGAGUGCGUUUAAUGUAUUAGAUAUCAUGCGUGCCUCAGGCAUUGCACCUUCCAUGCGAGCUACCCUACCCAUUCGACAACAGCUUCAAGGUAAUGUAAAUGAUAUUGAUACAGCUUAUUAUAUCUUGGAAGAAAUCCGACGACAAAAGAAGACGGUAGAUAUAACGGCCUUUAAUGUCGUUGUUGCAGCCUGUGCAGAUGCAAAGGACAUUGAAAGAACAGUAGCGACCUAUCGUGAAGCCAAACGAUUAGGCGUAACCCCUGAUGUAGAUACCUAUAAUGCAGUCCUUGAGGCAUGUAUCACGACUCAUAUGAAGUCAAUGGGUUUAGUCGUCAUUGGUGAAAUGAAGAAGGCAGAUAUCAAACCUAAUUUAGAAACCUAUUCAAAUAUGAUUCGGUUAGCAUGUACAGGACGUGAUUAUGAUGAUGCGUUUGAAUACCUUGAAGAAAUGAAAGGAUAUGACAUUGCUCCACCUGAAAAAUGUUAUUUGACAUUAGCACGUAAAUUAGCUUAUGAGAAUGAUCCAAGAUUCCACAUGUUAUUAGAAGAAAUGGAAACCUUUGGAUAUCCUGUUACUACCAAACUUAGAAAAUUAUGGAAAUCAUAAAUCAUGAUCAUGAUAAUAAUAGAGCAGC